GCGGCGGGCAGCUCAGAGCGUGCGGCGAGACGGAGCCCUCCUCUUCAUCCUCCUCCUCCUCCUCACCCUCUGCUGCCGCCGCCCCGGCAGCCGCGCAGCGGAGCAGGGCGCACUCCCCCAGCACCGCUCCGCUCCGCGCCCGCCCAGCCAGACCCACCGACGUACUCGCGGCUCCGUGGCGGCCAUGGAGCACCGCGGCGCCUCCCCGCUCCUCCUCGCCCUCGCCCUCCUCAGCGCCCUCUGCUGGCGGGCGCGGGCGCUGCCCCCGCGGGGCGCCGCCUUCCCUCCCGUCCCGCGAUUGGGAAACAGAAUGCCAUUUGAUGGAGCCAGUGAACCUGACCAUGCCCGUGGGUCAUUAAAGUCAGAAUCAGAUAUUUUGCAGAACACACUACCUGAAAAUGAGAAAUUCUAUUUUGAUCUGUCCAGAAUUAUUGAUAGCUCCCAGGACAGUCCUGUCAAACGCCACUCUGAUGCUGUCUUCACCGACAACUACAGCCGCUUUCGAAAGCAGAUGGCUGUGAAGAAAUACUUAAACUCAGUUUUAACUGGAAAAAGAAGCCAGGAAGAGCUAAAUCCUGCCAAACUUCGAGAUGAAGCAGAACUUCUUGAACCAUCCUUUUCAGAAAACUAUGAUUCUGUAGAUGAGCUGCUGAGCCACCUCCCACUGGACCUCUGAAGGACACCUGGUAAAGUCUAUGACAAGAACAAGCUAUUUUUGAGUUCCACAUAGUAUUUCAAAGAGAUGACUUUAGUCAUCAAACCAGAACAAAUAUGUUGUGAAGUGAAAGUUGUGAUAUAUUUGUUUCUUACGUAAUAAAAGUUGAUAUUUACAUUGUAAAUAUUACUCUAGCAUUCUCUACUGAAAGCUGUACAUAUGGAUGCCAGUUUAACUCAUAAGAAGUCUGUGAGUCCAUAUGCUGUAAAUCCUUUACUUCAAUAAAUUCAUUUGAAAAUGAGUGUGCAGCUGAAAAGAGCCCAUCAUGACUAAUUAAUUGGCUUAUUUUAGGUGUGUUCCAACUUCAGACAAACAUGUGCAAUCAUAAGGAAACAUUUCUAGAUAACCUCAUAACAUAUAACAACAUGAGGGGAAGAAUGUCCAAAGUGUGUAAAACUGCUUUACAAAGAUCUCUGAAGGUUAUUGCCAAGAAAUGCUUUUCUAGCAGUUUACCAAGCAACCAAGCAACUAGAAAAAAAUGAAUAAGAAUACAAAAUGUUUUGACCUCCAGCAGUAUCUUUACUUCUGGUUCACAUUUUUAAUAUUUCACAGCAUAUAAAUUAUAUCCAGACCAGAAAUGUCCUCUUUAUUUUCAGUUAUGUUUUAGAUGCUCUGGGGCUGACAAAUCACUAAAAGAAUGCAAUCUUUUGACUUGUUUGAUGCCUAAAGUCAUCAGUUAUUCUAUAUUUAAUUGUCUUUAGCUUUGAUGAUGAAACUAUUGCUUAUAUAUAAAAUAGACCUGAAGACAGUUUACUAUUUUUUCAGAAUGAAUGUAAUUUACAGAAUAUUCAGACAAUAAAUCAUUUUAUUAUCAUGGCAA